AUGGGAGUUGACAACCACCAUGCAAAGGACCAAGGAAAGGUUCAUCCCAAGGAACCCAAGAGCCAGGACAUCUACUCGAGGCUGUUGGUCAAGCUGUACAGGUUUCUGGCCAGAUGAACCAACUCCAUCGAUCAAGUUGUGCUGAAGAGGCUGUUCCCUCGAUCAAGUUGUGGUGAAGAGGCUACCAACCGGCCACCCCUGUCACUUUCCCAGAUGUUCCCUUAGAUGAAGCUUCCUGGUGGGAAAGGUAAGACCACCGUGGUCAUAAGGACUAUAACCUAUGAUGUGCAUGACCAGGAGGUGCCCAAACUGAAAGUGUGUGCUCUGUGAGUGAGCAGCUGUGCCCAGAGUUGGAUUCUCAAGGCUGGGGACAAGAUCCUCACUUUCGACCAGCUGGCCUUGGACUCCCCCAAAGGCUGUGGCACUCUCCUCCUCUCUGGUCCUCCCAAGGGCCACGAAGUGUGCAGGCGUUUCAGCAAGGCCCCAGGAACCCUGCAUGGCCACACCAAACCCUGUGUUCGCGCCAAGGGCCGGAAGUUCGAGUGCGCCAGAGGCCAAUGUGCCAGCCGCAGCUACAAAAACUAACCCCAGAG